AUGCCUGCUCUCGAGGCUAGACAGGCGAUUGCUUGGGGUUUCUGGAACACUCCUGCAGAAUGCGUAGAGGGGAACCUCGAUCCAUUUUUCGAAUACUAUGCCAGACAAUGCGAUCUGAUGGUGCUCCGCGACGGAGGACGCCGCACAUCGGUGAAGACGCACGCAGACAUAAUCCAGCUCGCUAGGUCGCUAAGAGCGCUCGUUAAGAGGGAGAGCAUCUCUUGUCGGUUCCCUAAAACCUCGCCGACCGACGUCCCGGACGGAGAGCGGGACAGCCACUCGAUCGAUCUCGCGGCGCGUUUGCUGCUGAUGAUAAAGGUUGGCGACCUGUGGCCCAAAGUACAUCUCGCCAGACCCAUCAAGUGGGACCGAGGGACGAUAAAAGAGCACAUUGAGCGGUGCUUCCCCGCCAGGGCCGAACUGAACCAUGACAAAGUCAACCUGGACAAGAUACUCAACGCGCGGAACCUAAGUAAGAUUGCCGGAAUCGAGGUGGUCUGGACGGACAACCUGACAGACCACCUCAGGGUCAUGGAUGACGACACGGUGGCAGUCUUCCAUCACGCGUCGUUUCUGUUGCGCCAGCAGAGCGACGAGUCUCUCUUCCCGCCCGAUUUCCUGCUCGAGACCCUUCAGACGCUCAAGCUCCUGUUCCCCAGAUGGGACCGGCCCACGCAGGCAUGGUUUCGAAACGAGAUGUCACGGUCUUCUGGAGCUCUCGACCCGGCGCUGGUCCAAGUCGGUUAUCUCAGCGCCGACGAACGCAAGUUCGAGAACUUCGGAUACUGGCAUGACCGCUUGGUGAUGGUAGCGCAGGCGUUUGACGAGGCGCGGCCGAAUUCCAUCAGGCGCUGGUGGGUUGACAGGAGGAACGGCGUGCAGUGGUCGACCUUCUGGAUUGCCGUUGCUGUCCUGAUCCUCACUGUCGUCUUUGGACUGAUCCAGUGCAUCGAGGGUGGUAUCCAGGCGUACAAGGUCCUGAACCCAGGAAAUUGA